UGCAGUCGGCUUAAUCGUCCCGUCCGUCCACUGCAGUGUGGCGCGCGCUCAUCGGCACUCCGUACUGCAGUCUACGCAAUCGGUAAAAGUAUAAUACGUACACUCCGAAUUGCACCACUGCGAUAACUCAAUCGUCGUACUAAAAUACAGUAUAAAAGUAAAAAAAUCGCCGUCGUAGUUUUGUUAAGUAGGUAAUAGUAAGUUGGAUAGUUAAUCAACACACUUGUCGCACGUUUUCUCACCUUCGCCCGAUCAUGAAGCGCAAAGACGACGGCGCCCAACUGGACCACCACCUCAACAUGAUGCUGGAGCUGGUCGAGCGGCUAGAACGGAGCAAGUGGUCUGUGGGUUCCGGUGGCCGGCGGUGGCGACCUGACGCCCGGCCGCCCCUGAUGCCCGUCCAAGCAGAACUCCGCACGCUGGAGCUUUGGCGGUCCGUAAUGGCCGAGUGUCUGGCCACGUUCCUGUACGUGGCUGUCGUCUGCGGCGCGGCCACGUCCGACGCUUCGCCCGUACUCGGCGCGGCCGCCGCGUCCGGGUUCACCAUGCUCGCCCUGACCGUGUGCCUUCAAAACGUGUCCGGAGGACACAUAAAUCCCGCUUUAACUACUGCCAUGCUGAUCACAAGAAGGAUAAGCCCCGUAAGAGCUGUUAUGUUCAUAGCUGCACAAUGUGGCGGCGCAGUGGGAGGCGCAGCGAUUAUCUACAGUGUUUCCGCUCGCAACUACUUCACCAGUCUAUACGACCUGCCAAACAGCAGCACGACCCCAUGGCAACGUUUCAGCCUAGGCUUGCUACUCAUGUUCUUCAUCGUGUUCACAUAUUAUGUGACUAAUAAUACGUUUCACAAAUGGACCGGAACUUCGGCAACGGCAAUAGGAGCAGUGUACUUCGCGUGCGGUCUAGUGGCGGUAAGAACAAAUCCAAUGAUCCCUUAUAAAUACCCUACGAGUAACUUUUUGCAGAUGCCCUUUAUUAAUCCAGCUUGCGCAUUUGGACCGGCACUUGUGAUGAACCAUUGGGAUAAUCACUGGGUUUAUUGGUUUGGACCAGGAGUGGGCGGAAUCAUUGCAGGUGUAGUGUAUGAUUUGAUAUUUAAUCCACAAAAACGGAAAGCUACAAUAGAUGAUUUGAAUGAUGACGAGAAUCUGUGUCAGAUACAAGUACCACACAAAAUUAUACGGCCAGCUCUUUCCCCUCCAAUGCUAACUGCUGAUUUAGAUUUGCCAGAGCCUUUGUAUGAAGGGAGUAGAUCGUUAUAUGCCCGUUCACCAGUUUUGACACGUGCAAAUUUAAGUCGUUCACAGUCACUGUACCAUUCAAAAUCCAUCCAUAACUUGCCACCUCGUGAUUACUUACCAAGGCCAGGGCCAUUAUUACCAGCACAAUCAUUAUACCCACAGACAUCAACAGCUACUUCACUAUGCAAUGAUAGAACAGAUAGACUAGAUAGGCAAAAUCAACAGAAUCAACUAAGGCAACAUGAACCCACAUACAGUGCUAGGAAUUCAUCAAAAGUCAAUGCUAGUGGGAUCCAUAAUGGAAUAUAUCCACAAAGUUGUAAUAGGUCUGAAACAUAUAGGCAACCACCAAAAGAUUCAGCAGAUGAUCCAACUUAUGGAGUUUAUGGCAAUCCUCAAAAUAAAUCACAAAACCAUCAUGGUAAUCAUUCAAAGAGUGAGUAUGUUUACCGAUGGACACCACCAAAUUCAGUUAUGCACGAAUACUCAUGAAAAUGUCAAUAUAUUAUAUUAUUAUAUGUACAGUUUUUUAUGUGAAUACUAAUUUUUUAAUUGUAAAAUAUUUAG